GAAUAGAGAAUAGAGAAUUAGAGAUACUGUCAAGUGUCAUCUUCCAAGAAAACCUCAGCAUUAUUGACCACUUGGCCAUGGGCAGCUACCACCCUCCACUUUCAAUAGAGCCAGUGGUGUUGCUGCUUUUGACGCUGCUCAUGGUUCCAGUUUCAGUUACGGGAGUGGGCAUCAACUAUGGCACGCUGGGUAACAACCUUCCAUCACCAAAGAAAGUAGCACAGCUUCUUCAGUCAACACUCAUCGACAAGGUUAAGAUCUAUGACUCUAACCCUGAAAUCCUCCAAGCUUUCUCCAACACCGCCAUUGACCUCAUUGUCUCCCUCGAGAACUCCCGCGUAGCCAACAUCAGCUCUGACAUCUCCGCUGCACACUCUUGGCUCUCCACCCGCAUCCUCCCCUUCCUGCCCGCCACCUCCGUCGUCGCCAUCGCCGUCGGCAACGAGUACCUCACCACCACCGUUGACAACAACGACGACCACCUCGACGCCAACGCAUUGUUCAAAGCCAUGCAGAAUCUCCACUCCGUACUCGCCUCCCACGGCCUCGACCGCAAAAUUAAGGUGACAACUCCGCACAGCAUGGCGGUUCUCGCUUCUUCCUUCCCUCCUUCCUCCGCCACCUUCGCCAUGAACCUCGUUCCAGUAAUGACCGACAUUGUUACCUUCUUAGCCGAUACCGGUGCUCCCUUCAUGAUCAACGCUUACCCUUACUUCGCUUACAGAGACAACCCUACCUCCGUGAACCUCGACUACGCUCUUCUCGGUAACGCUUCCGGGGUUCACGAUCCAAAAGGCUACGUCUACAGCAACAUGCUGGACGCGCAGAUGGAUGCUGUGAGAUCCGCCAUUGAUGCUCUAGGGUUUGGAAACAGAAGCUUGGAAAUAACGGUUUCAGAGUCAGGUUGGCCUUCGAAGGGUGACAACGCUGCUACUCCUCAGAACGCGAAGAUCUACAACACGAGGUUGAUAGAACGCGCGCAGAGUAACAAAGGAACACCGAUGAAGCCUAAGGACCGAAUCGAGAUCUUCGUGUUCGCACUGUUCAACGAGAACAAGAAGGAAGGUGACGAGAGUGAGAGAAACUUCGGGAUUUUCAACGGGGAUGGAUCUAAAGUGUAUGAGGUUGAUUUGAGUUGUGAGUUUUGCAGCGGAACGACGUCGUUUGGGUUCAGCGAGAAAAAUGGUUUAAGUGGUGGUGGUGGUGUCAGGGGUCCUUCGGUCUGGUGUGUUGCGAAGCCUCAUGCGGAUGAUAAAGUUCUUCAGAGCGUUUUGGACUUUUGCUGUGGGCCCGGCGGUGUUGAUUGUAGAGAGGUUUAUGAAGGUGGUAACUGCUUUCAGCCAAACAAGCUUCUUGCUCACGCCUCCUUUGCUAUGAAUGCUUAUUACCAGAUGCAUGGUAGAAACUACUGGAAUUGCGACUUCAAGGGCACUGGCCUUGUUACCUUCAGCGACCCUAGUUAUGGUGAGUGCCGGUAUCCUCAACAGUAAGGACUAUGGAAAAACACACCGAGGAGGACGAGGAGGAGCGCUCUGCCUUGCUAUAUGUUACUACUGUUAUUAAUUUAUUGUCUUGUAGUAGUGGUUGACAGCUACUGCUUGUAUUUAUUUUUUAUCAUUAUGAUUUAUGAUUACUUUCUAAGUUGAAAAAGUAACCAAUUUUUCUU